UCUCUCUCUUUUUUCUUUAAAAAAAAAAAAAUCUUAGAAUCAGAACUGUUUCUGUCUCUUUUCUCUUCUUCUCUGUCUUGUGUCAACUUGGGUACUGGGUUUUGGAAAAUGGUGAGAUUUAUCGAAGAGAACAAUAAAAUGGCGGGGAAAGUGGGAGCUGUGACAGACAAGAAGGUCAACUGCGGAGGCGGAGGAGGAGGAGGAGGACUGAUCAGUUCUUGGGUUGAUUCCAUGCGAUCUUCUUCUCCCACGCAUCUCAAAUCCUUUGGAAGGCAGAGUUCUUGGAUGACAGAACAUCCAUCAGCUUUGGAGAUGUUCGAAGAGAUAAUCCACGCUUCUGAAGGAAAGCAAAUCGUGAUGUUUCUGGAUUAUGAUGGAACCCUGUCUCCCAUUGUCAAUGAUCCCGAUCGGGCUUUCAUGUCCAAAAAGAUGAGAAGAACGGUGAGAAAUCUUGCGAAAUGCUUUUUUACUGCCAUAGUGAGCGGCAGGUGCAGAGAAAAGGUUUAUAAUUUCGUGAAAUUGACCGAGUUGUAUUACGCCGGAAGUCACGGCAUGGACAUCAAGGGGCCCGAGAACGGAUCCCUUCUCUGCCAGCCGGCGACGGAGUUCCUGCCAAUGAUCGACGAGGUUUACAAGAAAUUGGUGGAGAAAACGAAAACAACUCCCGGAUCCAAGGUUGAGAACAACAAAUUUUGUGUCUCGGUGCAUUUCCGAUGCGUCGACGAAAAUAUGUGGAGUGAGUUGGCUCAUCAAGUUCGAUCGGUCUUGAAGGACUACCCUAAGCUUCGGCUUACUCAAGGAAGAAAGGUUUUCGAAAUUCGUCCUAUUAUCAAAUGGGACAAGGGCAAAGCACUGGAGUUCUUGUUGGAGUCACUUGGAUUUGCUAAUUGCAAAGACGUUUUUCCUCUUUAUAUCGGGGAUGAUCGUACCGACGAAGAUGCUUUUAAGAAAUUGAGAGAAAGAGGGCAAGGCCUUGGGAUUCUUGUCUCCAAAUUUCCAAAGGAGACCAGUGCUACUUAUUCCUUGCAAGAUCCCAAUGAAGUUAUGGAUUUUUUGCAACGUCUAGUGGAAUGGAAUAAAUUGAGAUCUGGGUCGUGAAGACAACACGAGAUUCUUAUUCGAUUACUUAUAUAUAUAGAUUCGAGCUGAUUAGAGCGUAUUAUUGAAAAAUGUAAAAAAUAAAUAUAUAUUUAUGUUAGUUUGUAUGCAUAUGUAGAUAUUAUAAAUAUAAUUCUAAGAGCAAAUAUGUAUCAACUUUUCAUGCAACUGUUACCAAAGCUAUAAAUAUCAUGUGGGAUCUGUUUUGUUUCUC